AUGAAUGACAUCGAACAGGCAAUAGACGAGGAGCUGAUGAAAUUAAACAUACAUCCUUCUCAGAAUGAUUUAGGGGCUAAUACAGAAAAGGCUCUGUCGCCUUUAGAUUUCAAACGAGACAAUGGGAUGGUUAUCUCUGAAUUAGUGGAACAAGUUGGACAUCUAAAAGACAUUGUGCCACAGAAUGCCCAGCGGGAGAUUCCGAAUAUGUCAGGCAUGGAAGAUGAUGUAUGCACUGAGAGUGACCUUCAAAUUAGUCUUGAGUGGAGAGAAUUAGAGAAAAGACUAAGAAAGGAAGAGGAGCAGAAAUGAGCAGCACAGCAGGUAGAAAGAGAGCUGCAUUUGAACUCAGAAAGAGAAGAAGAGAGGAGAAGAAGAGGACUUAUAAAGUUUUAGGAGGAGUUGAAAAAAAAUAGAGGCCACUCUGUUCACCGCACAGAAGAUCUUCAGCUGGAGCUGGAUAAACAGCAGAUGUUAAUAAGGAAACUUCAGGAGCAAAUGGAGGAGGAAAAACAGGCUUUUGAGAAGGUUCAGGAGGAGGAGAGAAUGAGAACCCAGAAACUUCAUUGCAUAGCAGCAACAAAGAUUCAAGCUGCUCUCAGAGGAACAUUAGUGCGCCUCUGGAGCAAAACAGAGUGUAGGAGAAAGAAAGAAGAGGAGAGGAGACUUGAGGAGGAGAAGAGGGAAUGGGAGAAGCUGAAGAUGGAGAGAGAACAGGAGAGAAACAGGAUUGAGGAAGAAGAGCGCGCUCAGAGGGAGGAGAUGGAGAGAUGCAGAGCAGAUUAUGAAAGAGCUAAAGAACAAGAGUGCCAUCGUCUAGAGAAGGAGCAAAGACUUGAACAACAGAAGGAAGAUGAGAAAAGGAAGAAAAUGCAGAAGAAGAAAAAGCAGAACAACAUUACAAGUGUAAAAGAUGAUCGCAGAAGACAGGAUGUAGACAAGAAGAAUAAAGAAAAGGAAAGAACAAAAAUGGAAAGAAGUAGUCAGGUGAAGGAUGAAUGUAAAAGAGAGGAGGAAAGAGGGGAACAGGAGAACAAAGAAAAUGAGGUAAAUGUGAGAAAAAUAGAAGCUAAUAAUGAAAGAAUCAGGCAUGAGAAGAAAAUGGAAAACACAGUGGAUGACGACAGCAAUAUGAUGAAAAAACAGGACAAACCUAAAAGCAUAAACACAGAAGACACUGAAAGAUUAGAUUAUAUAAGACCACAAACAAAGAGUGAUAAAGACAGAAUAAAGAACCACGAAGAAGAAAAAACAGUUGAAAGCAGUGGAGAGCUCGACUCUCAGGUAAAUCUCUCACAGUCAAGAAAAAGCAUUAAAGUAACCAAAACCACUACAGAGUCACACAUAAAUGUACAUCAAGGUCUCUCCAGUGACCAUGGUAUUAGUCCAGUGGGUUCCUCCAGUGUUGCAGAUCAUCUAAGUGUUCAAGGAAAUACAGACUUGACUGUACAGGCUUCUGAUUUGGCUGUUGUAGCACCUGAGAUGGACACAAGGGGGCAUCAAAAUACUACCGCUUUUGAGCUUGAGGACCAUAAACCAAAAAGCCAAGAAUCAAUUUCAAUAUGUUUGCCUGACAGCUCAGAGCAGAAGCGACUGGCCUGGAUGAUGAGCUGCACUCCCUGGUCCAAACUAUCAUUGUAGAAUAAAAGGAAGGGGUCUUCUGCACAACAGCAGUCCAAAAAAAGAGGCCCAAGAAAAAGAAGAGUCCCGAGCUUACCCUCUCUGUCUGUGGACACUAUUCUCAAAACAGGAGCUUGGAGCUCUCUCAGACAGGUUACGACAGUGACGCUGGUAGACCUACCAGGAUGUAGCCUGUCCACACUGUCCGAGUGUAACAAACUGCAGACUUUGACCCUUAGACGCUGCGGCCUCACUUCUUUGGAUGGAUUGAACCAGUGCUCUCAGAUCAGAUAUAUUGAUGUACAAGAGAACUCAAUUACUUAUCUGGAUUGUGGAGGUCUAGCCAACCUUCAGGUCCUCCUUCUGGACAGGAACCAACUGAUGAACAUCCAUGGUCUUGAUGGAGCUGAAAACCUGCAAAUUCGUCAGCUCUCACACAACAACAUCUCUCGCAUAAGUGGUUUAGGACCCCUGAAAAUGCUUCUGCGAUUAUCAGUGGACCAUAACCAGCUGCUCAGCAUAAGAGGUUUGAACGAAAUUUAUAGCCUUCUCCAUCUGGACUGUUCGUACAACCACCUAAGCCACGUUGAGGGUUUGGAGAAUUGUGCUCUGCUUAACACACUGGACCUCAGAGGAAACAGCCUGACUGAGCUGCCUGUCCUGCAGAACCACAUUCUUCUGAGGGACCUGUACCUGGAUGACAAUCUUCUAUCUUCUAUUGAUGAUCUGGAAUCCUAUUGGCUGUCUUUGCUCCAAAACCUCUCUGUGUCCCAUAACAGUGUAACUCAUUUAAUUCCACUCUUGGACCUGGUGUCUCUGAGGAUGCUGGAUGCCAGUCACAACUGUCUGUCAGAUUUGCAGAACAUUUGUCUGAAUCUUCAGGAAUGCACCAGUCUUCAAGAACUUAACCUGACUUGUAACCCACUACAGCAGGAAAGCAACUGGAGGUCCUUGCUUUUGGAAACAGUGCCUGGCUUGAUUAAGUUGAAUAAUGAGCAGACUGCUGCUGCCGCAGUGCCCCGUAAUUUUCCAGGACAGCAGUGGAGUUUCCAGGCCCUCUGUCAAGCACAGCAAGAGCGACGAGAUUCACUUCUCCAGCAGCAAAAGAUGGAGAUCAGUAGUUUUGUUUCCCAGUACAAUUGUACAUUGCUUGCCAUUGGCCACCAAGCAGACCUGCUCAGACUGGCAGUGGACCAGCGUUACGCCCAUGAAUAUGGCGACAGCUGUGUCACAGAGGAUUCUGCACUGGCGGCUAACAGUAGUUCAUGUAGUUAUUCUGAAGCAUCUUUAUCACAGAGACAAAGUCUAGAGAUGCGUCUCCGGGAUACAGCAGAUUGGCAGAAACACAAAAAGACUCAAGUUUCUCAAGCUGACCUUGAGCUACGAUCUGCUGACUGCAUGCAGACACAAAGUGAGAAGGAACCUGUUCAGGCACUGAACCUUAAAAUAGCGGCAGCUGUGGCGAUCCAACGAUGCUGGCGGAGGAGAUGCUUAUUGCGGAGACGUGAGGGCCUCCCAGGCUUAAUUGAAAAAACUAACACAAAAUCACAUCUUCAUAAGGUGGAAGAUACCUGCAUUGGGGGGCCUGAGAGGGAACGUGCUGCUGUUGUUAUUCAGGCUGCAUGGAGGGGCUGCGUUCUGCGGAAAAAGCUGGCCCGUGCUCUAGCUGCUGCUCGGAUCACAGAAAGCGACGAGGACUUAGAAGAGGUGGACAUGGACGAAUUCAUUUUUGAUGAGAAAGCGCUGGAGAAAACCUGGAUAACCCUGGAUUCCAAUGCCUUACCGGCCAGGAUGAUGCCAUUUUCAGAACAGCUGCCGUUGCCAAAGUCUCCACUCCCUCUUCCGAUUCAAGGGUCUCCAAAGACUCUAUCUGUUUUUCCACUGCAGCCAAAACAUGCCUGGUCAGAUAAUGAAGGUGCAGCCUGUUCGGAGCAAAGCUUGACGUCUCACCUUACCUCAAAAUGGAAUGAGGAAUCAGAAAAAAUCCUCAAAGAAUGGGGAAUCACUAAUGAGUCCACUGUCCUUCUCAUGCUGAAGAGAGCCAACAAAAUGAAAGGCAAGAAACAGAAGCAGAAGAGGUUAUUUGACCCAAAUCCAUGUCUGGCCCUGUUCAGGAGCCACAGUAACCAGUAUGUUUCCACAGAAACUAAAAGGCGAACACGUCCUACUUUCAAGGACAACUUUAUAGUUCACCAAGCAGUGAAUGAAGUUCACAAAUUACCGAAAGCAGAGGAAAAACAAUCUUACAAGGAGAGAACUUACCAGUGGCUCCACACACAAGCAGUUCAUCCCGAAACAGACUCUGCAGGCACGGGACGGGAUCAUUUCCUCCCUGAUAUUGGCCAGGAUAUUCUUAAUGGUGGGAGGGUGCAGCUUGUGGCCAUAGGGGACAGAGACGGUGGAGAUUCAGGAGCAAGAUUUUGGACUGACUCCACUAGUGUCUCUCCACCUCUUAAAAAGUAUACUCAGCCUCGAAGAUACUCAGCUGAAAACACAAAAACAGAAGUGCCAUCACCUACAAGAGUCAAUUCAGCUCCGAUCCGAAAUGAACGCAUCUCGUUCUGGGACGGCCCAGUGCGACACAGCGGAGGCUGGGGUGGAGGAAAGAAGAGAGCCAAAUUGAACAAAGUGUGAUGGAUGUCUUGUCGAUGUAAGCCCUUAACAAGACUUACAAUGCCCAUUUGAUCUCCGCUGAAAUUCCUUGCAGCUGCUGUUUUUACUAAAAUCCAGCUUCCUCUCCAGCAAAUGAAUUAGAAGCAAUGGAUGAGAUAUAGCCCAAAUAUCUGCAGGCGGUCACAGGAUAUGUAUUGCUUUCAAGUAUCACUCCAUUUAACAUGAGCACUGC